AUGACUUAUAAUGGAGUUUCUAGUGUUGAGAAUGGGACUAGGACUUCUCUUAAUGGUGUUCAAAUCAAUCCCAAUUUACAAGGGAAUGGAACAGCUUCAACUCAUCAAGAAAAUGGUGAAAAUUCUGGGAAUCACUUAACAACACAAGCCCGAGGAAUAGAGUACAACCAUCCUUUGUUCUUGUCUCUAUCAGAUGUGAGUAGAAUUCAAGUGAUUUCAUUUCAGCUUACAGGUAUUGAAAGCUACUCUAUCUGGUAUAGAUCAAUGAGGUUGUUUUUACUUGGUAGAAAUAAGCUAGGAUUGGUUGAUGGCACAUGUAGUAAAGACAAAUUUCCAGAAGUAAUGUGGAAUCACUGGGAAAGAGUAAAUGCCAUAGUCUUAUCUUGGGUUAUGAAUGUUGUUUCCAAGAAUCUUCUUGGAGGAAUUAUGUAUGCUUCUAUUGCUCAAACCGUGUGGGAGGAAUUAUUUGAGAGAUUUAACAAGGUUGAUGGUUCAAGAACGUUCAACUUGCACAAAGAAAUUGCUACCUUGACUCAAGGAAGUGCUUCAGUUUCAGCAUAUUUCACAAAAAUGAAGAACUUAUGGGAAGACUUUUAA